AUGAUAUCACCUUUGGCAGCCGUUGUUGUUGUCUUAAGUUGUUUAACUUGUUCACGGGCCAGGGCAGACAGUAACAUCAGCGUCUUGGUUUUUGACGACACACCUGGAUAUGGACGUACCUUUGACGGCAUUGGAGGCCUCAGUGGAGGAGGGGCCACUUCGAAGCUGCUAAUCAACUAUCCCAAAAAUUUGCAAGAUCAAAUCUUGGACUUUUUGUUUUUGCCAAAUUUUGGAGCUUCGCUUCAAAUUCUGAAGGUUGAAAUUGGUGGAGAUGCUCAAAGUACUGACGGAACUGAAGCAUCACACAUGCACAACAGUUGGGAAGAAAACUAUGAACGAGGAUACGAAUGGUGGCUCAUGUCAGAAGCUAAAAAGAGAAACCCAAAUAUUAAACUGUAUGGACUUCCCUGGGGGUUUCCUGGCUGGGUCGGACAGGGAUCCUGGAACCCAUACAACAACAGCACAGUUCUGGCUGACUACAUUGUCAGAUGGGUUAAUGGUGCUAAGACUUUCCAUAACUUGACCAUUGACUAUUUGGGGCUAUGGAAUACAAAUGGCUACAACAUAGAUUACAUCAAGGCAUUACGUCAAGUUCUUGAUCAGCGAGGGUUCCACAAUGUGCAGAUUGUUGCCUCAGACACCGGUGACUGGAACAUUGUUGGUGACAUGAAAAAUGACAAGGACUUGGCCAAUGAUAUCUAUGCACUUGGAGUUCACUACCCUGGCACUACAUCAUCAGAUGAUGCUAAGAAUUCUGGGAAACCACUGUGGGCCUCUGAAGAUUACAGUACUUACAAUGAUGAAUUUGGGGCUGGAUGCUGGGCAAGGAUUCUGAAUCAGAACUACGUGAAUGGUAAUUUAACAGCGACGAUUGCGUGGAACUUAAUCGCCAGUUAUUACCAGGGGCUUGACUACUACAGAAGUGGGCUAAUGACUGCUGUGGAACCUUGGAGUGGUCACUAUCUUGUCAACAGUCCUAUCUGGGUCACAGCACACACAACUCAGUUUGUUUCUGCUGGUUGGAAAUAUCUUCAGCAUGGCAGCGGUGUGGGCUUUUUGCCAAAUGGAGGGUCCUACGUCAGCCUUGUCAGUCCCAGUGGCAAUGAUCUCACAAUCGUAGUGGAGACUAUGACUCACGAUCAUUCAGUUUGUGUCAGGCCUGACCUUUCACCUUACACUGUGACACCACAGACCGUAGCCAUCACCUUGAAAGGUCAUUUUGCAAACAUUUCUGAACUUCACCUCUGGUACACGCAGCUGAUUUUUGGCCAGGAAGAGAGCAACACUUUCAUCAGCCAAGGUCCAGUCAAGGUUGUCAAUGGUGUUGUCCAGCUCAGCUUAGGCUUGGACCAGAUCUACACACUGACCACACUGACCACUGGGUUGAAAGGAUCUUAUCCCACACCACCACCUUCAAGUCCAUUCCCGCUGCCUUAUAAGGAUGAUUUCGAAGCGAAUAAUUUACAUGAUGAACCCUACAACCUGGCCCAGCAGACGGGAUCCUUUGAGGUCCUGAAAAAUGGAAGCAAUCAGUUUGUCAGGCAGAUGGUGCUCAGUGGACCCAUACGUUGGGAGAACUGGUGCUUGGCUGAUACAAUAAACAAAGGAAUCACCCUCAUUGGCAACAACAUGUGGGAUGAUAUAUUUGUUGAAAUUGACUUCACUUUCCCUCCUGUGAAUGCCUCAAGUGGUGUUUUUGUUGCCGCAAGAGUCAGCCAGGGAGGCUGUGGAGUCAGCAACGCUGGCGGAGUCUUCUUAUUUGUCACUUCAGAUCACCAUUUUAUUCUCGCUACAGAUCCAGGCAGGCAUCAUGUAGUAAUUUCAGACAACUUACCCGCUGGCGGAGGAUGGCAUAAACUCUCUCUGUUUGUUCAG